AGAGCAUGGUUAGACGGUUUAUCAUCCGGCCGGUUAAAUUGUGACUUGACAAUGUGUCUUGGAUUGGGAGGAUAUGUUUAUAUUAUUUUUAAACAAAACUGAGAUUUAUUGAUUGUAAAUAAGGAAAUAUAUUUCAAAGCUCAAAUGUAAAUAAGAAAGGAGUGAUUGUUUCCUUAAGAAGUAGGUCCAGCUGUUGUGUAUCGAAGUCAGUUUAAGUUUGUAAUGACGAAAGUGUUGAGAGGGAAGACUUACAUCGACAUCUUAUAUGACCGACGUAAAUUUGGGGAUCUGGAAUGGGUUACAAGAGAUUGGACUUGUGCGAAAUACCAGUUUUCUAAGGACAGAAGUCCUAAACAGAUCCAACAUGAAGUGUUUGAAAGUCCUAGAGUUCAGUAUAUUAUUAAAGAGAUAUGUGAUGAGAAAAAGAUGUCACAAGAAGAGGUUACAAAGGCUGCUGAAAAGAUUCUUCAAGAGAUGAGUCAUAACUUACAACUGAGUGCUAUUCGUCUCUUUGGUUUUCUUUUAGCCAAAUUUAAGAAACAAGUUUACACUUCUAUCUAUGUUAAUUUGGAUGGAAUAGAACAGUUGCGAGCUUGUUCUGUUGAAUACCCUGUGCUUUUGUUGCCAACUCACCGUAGCUAUGUUGACUUCCUUCUGAUAUCCUACGUUUGUUACCAUUUCAAUCUCCCAAUACCAGCCAUUGCUGCUGGUCUAGAUUUUCUUGGCCUGAAAGCUCUCAACUUGCUGUUAAGGAAUUCUGGAGCAUUCUUCAUUCGACGCUUGUUUGGGGGAGAUAAGUUGUAUUGGGCUGUUUUCACAGAGUAUGUUCAGAAUCAGCUGUUGGGAGGGGAAGCACCUCUAGAGUUUUUUGUGGAGGGAACACGCAGUAGAACAGCCAAAUCUUUAAAUCCAAAACUUG